GCCAAGUCUAAGAACAGCUGUUGGCACGAAAAGUUCUUAAUUAUAUUUUUGUUCUCGGUUGUUUUUCUCUUUUGUUUGGCUUUUAUUUACAUUUAUCAUGUUUCUGUUGACUUUGUUCGCCGUUUUGUGCCUUGGCUUGGCCUGCAGCGAGGCCAAGUCCAUCAAGAAGUCGCAUGUUAACAUGCCGGAGCCAACUCUGGGCACGGACGACGACUGGCAGGGCAAGUGGUUCCCCUAUGCUCCCGGCGAGCCCCACAUCCCCCAGAAUGUGCAACGUGUGCAGGCAACGGCAUCGACUUUACCUACUGAUAAUUGGACGGGCAAGUGGUUUCCCUAUGUGCCAGGAGAACCGCAUGUGGUUAAGGUGGCGCCGCAGGAGGGCAGCACCACUCCAAAGGAUAGCUGGACAGGCAAAUAUUUUCCCCAAAGUCCAAAUGAGCCGCACAAAGUACACAAAAAGCCCCUCGUCGAGGAGAACACUCAGUCCCUUAAUGAAAUCAUCUGCGAUAAUGGAAAGAGUAACCUUCGCCUGGAUUACGAUCCGAAUGACAUCCGGGAUAGCCUGAAUUACCUGUGCAUCAGCAGCAAUCGCAGUCAGUACCAGCCGGACUUGACCAGAGAGGCCCUACUCACAGAGCACUUUCUGCCCAGCGCCUAUUUGCCGCCAGCAAAGUGCAUGAAUGAGUCAAUCGAAUACACCCAUUUGCCAGUCACCAAUGGCCCCUAUCGUCCUUUGCCCGCUGAAUAUGGCGUGUACUCCUAUCUGCCGCCACAACGUUACCUGCGCAAUCUGGCCGAGGGCGCCAUUGUGAUGCUCCAUCAUCCCUGCGCCUCUCCCGGCCAAGUGGCGGAGCUGCAGCACAUGGUUAGCGGCUGCCUGUAUCGCCAUUUGAUCUCGCCCUCACAGACUCUCAGUGCCGAGCGUCCGUUGGCCCUGCUUGCCUGGAGCCGCAGCCUGGAGAUGUCCGUGGUGGACCGCCGACUGGUGGCGGACUUUAUACAGAAACAUGCCAAGCAAGGACCACUCGCGCUGGAGGAACUGUCGCGGGUGGUGGACAAGAGGGAGGCCUACAAAGAGGGACUGACAACGGAGGCGCGCUUGGUUACCACGGCGGAUGACUACGAGCUGUGCGGUUACAUGCGGGAGGGGAUGUAGGCGGGAAUAUGUUAACUAUUUUUUUGCAAUGACAGUAACAUGUAAAUAAACUUCGAAUAUUUUUAAAUUUGUUUAAUA